GAUCUGCAGAGAGCGAGACAAAGGAAGACAAAGUAACGCAGGGAAGUAGCGACAGGACAUGAGCGGGACAGCAGUACACACGACGGAUCGGUAUUCAUUGCAUGUGGUAGGGAGAUUAGACGGACCAUUAGUGUUAGUGAUCAUAGAACUCCAGCUCCAUACCAGACUGUGCAUAGUUGAGGAGGCAGAGUGUGUCCGCCGCGCGCUGCGUGAGGCUAGGGGAACAGGACUUUGGAUUGGAAUAGAAGGAGGACGGAGGAUAAAAUACGUACUCCAAGUGACACCUUUCAAAGGGCGGUCUCGGAUAAGGGCAUGGUACGAGACGACCAGAGAGGCUGAGAGGUUGAAGAUAAGCGAAGCCAGGAAAGCUGGAGAGUUAGGGAGAGUUGUAACGGAUGGUGCAAUACUCAAGGUGUUAGCCGCUCACAACCGGUACUGGAAGGAAACGAUAAAGACUUUAGAGGAGAUAGACGAAGGAGGAGAUAAUGAGGACUUUGAGACAUUUUAUGACAUAUUAAAGCGGUCGGCGAUGAGGGGUUAUGGUAUCACAGAAUAUCUGGAGAAGUGGGAGGUUCACGCCAGCCGGAGUCAGUGGUCGGAGGAAGAGAUUAUAGAGAACUUCCUAUUUAAUGUGGACCCAAGUCUUGGUAGGGAAGUUAAGGCAGCUCGACCGAAGGAUGGGAAAUGGACUACGUACAAGAAGAACCUCGUUGAGCUUUACAAAUUGGAGGAUAACAAGUAUUCCAUCAAGGACCUUGAAACGAUGACUCAAGAUGAAGAUGAGAGCGUACGAGCAUUUGGGAUGCGUUUCCAAAAGAUCUCCGACGUGCUGAUGAAGAAGGGGAAGAUCUCAGAGGUCAAGCGUUGUACUAUCUUCAUCAGACACUUGUCCAAAGGUAGGCAAAAAAGUAUACUUAGAGAUCUUCCGCGCGACAGGGUUGAUUUCCCAGAAGUCCUAAAGCUCGCGAUAAAGGCAGAGGCAGAUGGUUACAAGGACUUGGCGUGGAGAGGGAUGAGGAGACGUGACUUCUCUCUCUACAAGGAGUAUGCCACUGAUAGAUGUCCUGAUUUCAAGGAUUAUCCCUGGUCGGAGAAGGAUGAGGUCGUGGCUGAGGAAGUGAAGGAGAUACGGGACUUGGUGAAGGGAUUAACGAGACAGGUUACAGAGAUUGUGACCGCUACAGGGGCCACGGCCUACCGGGACAAACCUGGAGGACCCUAUUCACUUCGCUGGGACCGUAGGAACAACGAUCCUUGGAGGAGUGUCGAGGAUAGAAAUCCUCGGACGCUGACUGAUUAUCGUACGAGGGGAAGAGAGAGAGACGAUGAUCCAUGGCGACAUAGGGACGAUGAGAUAGACCGAGACCGUAGAGAUCGCGAGCCGUUUGUGCGAGCAAUGAGGCUGGAUGAUUACCCUCGAAGCCCUCGCUAUGAGGCCGAUCAGGGUAGAGGCGACUCCCGUGGCCGAUGGGAGACAGAACAGGACCGAGAUGGAUAUAGGGACGACAGAUACGAGAGGUCGGGUCGAGAUGGCUACAGAGGAAGUACAUAUGAGAGAGGAGAUCGGGACUGGGAACGACAAGAUGAGUCGUGCGGACGUUUUGAGCGCGGGGGAGAUGCGAGAGAGAAGCGCGACGAGUCGCGGGGGUGGUACAACCGAGGGGACCGACGCGAUGAGUCACAAGGACGAUAUGACUCGGGGGACCGCCGGAAUGAUUCGCGAGGGCGGUAUGAGCAAGGAGGGUCUGGAGGAGACCGGCGCAACGAUCCGCGCGGUCGGAAUUGGAGAGGGGGAUAUGACGUUUCAUCAGAACCCUAUCCCAAGUCGCCUGACCCCAAGGCAGCCAGGAGUUCGAUCUCUAGAAGCGCAGACGACAGACCAUCUACUCCGAGGGACUCAUGCGUCUACUGUAGAGGAGAAGAUCAUAUCAAGAGGGAUUGCCCGGACCUCAAACGGGCAAUAAAUGAGGGACUUGUCGUGCUUGACGACCGCAAGUACGUCAAGUGGGCAGAUGAUCUGGGAGAUGUAUCGAUGUUCCCUUCGAUGAAGGAGAAUGUCGAAGCGAGGAGAAUAAAGAUGACUAAAGGAAUGGAGCCGGUCAGGAGCCAGAGCAUCAAGAUAACCUUUGAGGGGGAUAUCGCGACCACACCCUUAAGGGUGGCAGCCACCAAGUCGGCAAGAGGGUCUACAUCGAAGAAGACUGACACGGAUUACGUGAUGGCGGAGAAGGACGGGCAGCGGGUCGAUGGAGAGGAGGUUAUCCUUUCGCCGCGAAAGCGGGGAGUGAAGAAGUUCUUAAUGAAGAGUUCGCUGGACGAGAUUGACACGGUCAAGCCACUGAGGCGGGCCCUUCGGCAACCCAUGCAGUGCUCUAUUCUGGAGUAUCUGGCGGCAUCGAAGCCGGCUCGUGAUGAAUUACAGAUGAUCACGCGGAAGACUCCCAUACCUCUAUCAGAGGAGGGUCAGGGGCCCCCUAAGGCGGAAGCUUCUACAGUAGCAAUAACGGGGGUGACUGCCAGAGCGGAUCGCAUGGCGACAGUCCUUCUCGAUGGAAUGGAAGGUGUGCCUCCAGACAAGUUUUAUAUACUUGGUAGCGGGGCCGUGGAGACGAGUAUAAAUGAUGGAGCGGUACUCGAUGCUGUGAUUGAUAACGGCAGUGAGGCUGUCAUCAGAGACGAGGACCUGGCAGUACAAGUUGAACUGGGCCUCGAUAGGUCAUACCUAUUCGAGAUAGAGACGGCUAAUGGGAGAAAGCAACAGAUCACUGGGGUUUGUCACAAGGCAGCCACAGAGGUCCAAGGGAAGGAGAAGGAAGAAGUUAUCGCUUUCCUGAAAGAAAAGAUGGUUUCCCACGUUGCGGAGCCGUCUGAUAGCGCUUAUGCUAAUCGAUGGUUCUUCCUACGAAAGCCGAAUGGCAAGAUCCGAUGGAUCCAGGACGUUCAGAAAGUGAACGCGGCGACGAUACGAGACAUGGGUUCCGUGCCACACGCCGAUUUACUGGCAGAAGGCGCCGCAGGUAGGUCGAUCUAUUCGGUCUGUGAUCUAUUCUCAGGUUAUAAUGAGGUACCGCUUGACCCUAGAGACAGGCACCUCACGGCUAUGCAUACGCCAUUGCGACUAAUACAGAUGAUGGUUGUUCCUAUGGGUUGGACUAAUGGGGUAGCCGUUUUUAAGAGAGCCAUGGUAGUUGUCCUCAAGGACUUCAUCCCUGAUAAGGUUGAAGUUUUUCUUGAUGACUUUCCUAUAAAAGGGUCAGUAAACAAGGAUGAGGCAGAGGUUGCACCUGGAGUUAGAAGAUUCGUCGAGCAGCACCUAACGGAUAUUAGCGCGGUACUCGAGCAGCUGGACGAUGCGAACCUAACAGUCAGCGGAACAAAGAGUCGAUCGGCCGUCUCGACUAUUAAGAUCUUGGGCUUUAUCUGUGACUCGAGGGGACGCCAAGCAGAUCCGGCGAAGUUAGACAAACUCAUGAACUGACCGUCACCAUUACAUAGUCCAACCGAGGUCCGAUAGUUUCUGGGAGUGGUCGGUUACCGGCGAAUAUUCAUA